AACUGAUGUUUAAGUUUCAGACAUAAAGACAUAAUAAUCGUGUUACAGAAUCCUGGUGAACAGCUGGCUCGAGUUUCUACCUUUCUCUAUAAUAACCUGUAGAAGAUCUUUAAUAAGAACAUUUACAGUCUUAUACAUUCUACACUCAGGACAGAAUCAGAAGGCUUUUGUAAACAAAGAUGGCGCUUUGGUAUCAGCUACAACAGCUGGACUCAAGAUACCUGGAGCAGAUCGGUCAGAUUUACAACGAUGCGUUUCCCAUGGAGAUUCGUCAGUACCUCAGCCAGUGGAUUGAAACCAUUGACUGGGAUGAUGUGGCCCUUGAUGAGUCCCUAGCGAGGCUACGUUUCUAUGACCUUCUCAGUAAGCUGGAUGAGCUUUACGGCCGCCUGAAUCCGAGCAACAACUUCCUCCUUCAGCACAACCUCCGCAAAAUACAACGUAACCUACAGGAACACUUUCAGGAAAAUCCAAUGUACAUGGCUAUGAUUAUAUCCAACUCCCUGAAAGAAGAAAGAAGAAUUCUGGAGAUGGCCAUCAGAACACAGGAUAAUACAGACUCACCUCAGGGCAACAUUGUGAUGGAGAAGCAGAUACAACUGGACAGCCAGGUGAACGAGCUGAAGAAAAACGUGCAGAAAUCAGAACAGGACAUUCAGGCUCUGGAGGACCUACAAGAUGAGUACGACUUCAAGAUGAAAACUUUACGGAGUAGAAUGGAGGUUGAAGUAAAUGCAUCUAUAGCAAAAGAGAUUCAGAUGGAGCAGUUGAAGAUCAGAGAUAUAUACCUUAAUCUGAACAGAAUGAGAGAGGUAGUUGUAAAGGACUUAUUAAAUACACUACAAUUAGCAGAUCUGACCCAGAGCACACUCAUAUCAGAAACGCUUCCAGAGUGGAAGCAGAGGCAACAGAUAGCUUGCAUUGGUGGCCCUCCAAAUGCUUGCUUGGAUCAGUUACAGAACUGGUUCACAGCAGUGGCAGAAUGUUUGCAGCAGAUCCGUCAUCAGCUAAACAUGCUACAGGAACUGGUGCUGAAAUUUACUUACAAAAACGACCCCAUCGCUUUGAACAUGAGCUCAUUGCAGGAGCAGAUGCUGUCACUCUUCAAAAAUCUCCUCAUCAAUUCCAUUGUGGUGGAAAGGCAGCCGUGCAUGCCCACGCAUCCGCAGAGACCACUGGUGCUAAAGACUGGUGUGCAGUUUACAAUUAAAAUCAGGCUGCUGGUCAAACUACCGGAGUUGAACUGCCAGCUAAAAGUUAAAGCCUCUUUCGAUAAGGAUAUAACAGAAAAGAAUACAGCCAAGGGAUUCCGUAGGUUCAAUAUUUUAGGAACCAAUAGUAAAGUCAUGAAUAUGGAGGAAUCCAGUGGCUGCCUGUCUGCAGAGUUCCGGCAGUUGCAACUGAAAGAACAGAAAACAGCUGGAAGUAAAACAAAUGAGUCUCCUCUUGUCAUUACUGAGGAACUUCAUUCCAUCAGCUUUGACACUCAACUCAAGCAAGCAGAUGUUUCCAUCGAUAUAACAACCACCUCACUUCCUGUAGUGGUAAUAUCUCAUAUCAGCCAGAUGCCGAGCGCCUGGGCCUCCAUCCUCUGGUUUAACAUGCUCUGUACUGACUAUCAGAACCUUGGGUUUUUCCUGAAACCUCCUUUGAUGAUGUGGGGAGACCUGGCAAAGGUUCUGAGCUGGCAGUUUUCCUCGAUCACUAAGAGAGGUCUUAACACGGAGCAACUGAGCAUGCUCGCAGAUAAAAUACUCGGUCCUGAGGCUCAAGAAGACCCGAAAACUCCGGUCUCCUGGAGUACAUUCAUUACGACGUCAUCCAAUAAGAGAGGAGUUGCUUUCUGGCUGUGGCUUGAUGGAAUCCUGGACCUCAUUAAACGAUGCUUACUGAACAUCUGGAAUGAUGGUUAUAUCAUGGGCUUUGUUAGUAAAGAGAAGGAGAAAAUUCUGCUUCAAGACAAACGUCCAGGCACUUUCCUCCUGCGCUUCAGUGAGACAUGUAAAGACGGAGGCAUCACCAUCACGUGGGUGGAGCAGUCCUUGAACGGUCAACCUCAGACACACUCUGUGAAGCCCUACAAGAAGUCGGAUUUAGUCAACCUCACUUUCCCUGACGUCAUUCGGACCUACAUGUUAAAGGACACGGAGAACAUUCCAGAAAAUCCUCUGCUCUACCUGUAUCCGGACAUCCCAAAAGACGUUGCAUUCGGCCACUACUACAGAGGCACCUCAGACGCUUCAGAAGACAUGGACGAGGAUAAAACGUUUACCAAGAAACCUUCUGGGUACUUGGACAGAGAGAUAAUUUUUCAGUCCAAGAAAGAAGACUCCAGGACAGAAUCCUGACUUUGAGUCCAGAGGAUUUCUGUGUGCUGCAGAGCAUUAACAAAAACAACGGCAUGAAUGAUUUGGUUUAAAGGAAACCUACAUGCUGAUUUUAUUUUAUUUUUUCUCUCAUCAGUGUGAAAGUUUGCCGCAGUAAAUCCACAGCAGCGAACGCUCGCAUCUUCGUCGUCCAGCUUUCCUGAAAGAGAAAUUUAACAUGUGUGUGUGUGUGUGUGUUUUAUGAUGAAUUUUUUGAAUUGCACAUUUUGUAAAAAAUCAUUAUGUACCAGAACUGGGUGAAGAGACAGACAGAAUUUUCCUCACAGCUUUAUUUAAUAUUGUACAUCUUAAAGUAAUAAUACAGACUUGUAAUUUGAAAUGGUUUCACGUGUUCACACAGCUCAUACUCUGAACCCGGUCACGUGUUCACACAGCUCAUAUUUGAACCCCGGACACGUGUUCACACAGCUCAUACUUUGAACCCCGGUCACGUGUUCACACAGCUCAUAGUCUGAACCCGGUCACGUUUUCACACAGCUCAUACUCUGAACCCCGGUCACGUGUUCACACAGCUCAUAUUUGAACCCCGGACACGUGUUCACACAGCUCAUACUCUGAACCCAAUCAAGUGUUCACACAGCUCAUAGUCUGAACCCGGUCACGUUUUCACACAGCUCAUACUCUGAACCCAUUCAUGUGUUCACACAGCUCCAUGCAGGAAUCAAGCGCGUCUCCCCGGGAGUUCUUAGUCGAGCCUGACACUUAUCAGCCAAUCAAAAAAAGAGGCUACACAAUAGCCAAUCAGAAAAUAGCACUAUUGUAUCUGGGUAAGAUUUAACGCAACAACCAAUGAAAAAAAACAUAUUAAUUAGAGAGGGUAUGUUCGAUGGUCUGUCUGAACAAAACUUCAACAAAAACAGCUUGUCUCUGGACGGGACAUUGUCCUCUAUCAUGACCCUAAAAAUGACUGGGCUUGAACUGAACUGUUUUAAAUGGGAGCAACAUUACAAAUGAUAAAGGAGUCCAAAAAGGCAACAAACAUUUACAAUAAACAACACCAGUCAUAAUCUCUCUCUCUCUCUCUCUCUCUCUCUCUCUCUCUCUCGCUCUCUCUCUCCCUCUCUCUCUCACACACACACACACACACACACACACAAAUUAAUAAAUGGAAAUUAAACAAAUACUUUGUAUUUGGUUAAAUUGUGGUCAGUGAUCCUUACCAAACACAACAACUCCCCCAUUAUUAUUAUUAUUAUUAUUAUUAUUAUUAUUAUUAUUAUUAUUAUUAUUUAUUUAUUUUUUUUGGGGGGGGGGUGUUGCUGGGGGAAUGGAGAUGCUACGCUUGCCUGUAUUCAUAACCUGAGAUCCCUGCAAAUACUGUAAUAGAAAUAGAAUAAGGAGAUAGCUCUAUGCUCUAUAGAUGUAUUCAUUAAACAAGUAAAGAAUAACAUGGAAUGAAAUGUAAAUAAAGUUGAACGUGUCUCGACUCGUCA